UGGCAAUGUUGUGUUCUUCUUCUAACCUCUAUUAGCUUCAUUGCCAGAGACUAGUGAUAAUGUCUUUCUAUGAUAAAUUUCUGUUCCCACCUCCACAAUCUAUUCUCAUGACAUUUAUGUCUAUUUUUAGCUUAGUUAUUUCGGCAAAUGGUGGGUUGUCGGAGAUAAACGGGGCCAAUGUGCAGUACUCCAAAUUCAGGGAUGCAACAGGUUCUGGUCAGAUAAAAGAGAGUAAGUUCUCAACCAGAAUCUGUAUGCUUACCAUGUAUACACCUUCCUUUGUUGCAAGUAUUGUUUCUUUCUUCUGGAUUUUCCCCAGCCAUGACACCAGGUUCAUCUUGGUCAACUCUGCUCUUACUCUCCAUUUUCUGAAGAGGAUCAUCGAGGUAUUGUUUGUACACAGAUACAGUGGAAAAAUGGCGCUUAACAUUACAAUCAUGAUAUCCCUAAGCUAUUGCAUCUCCACAAUGACCAUAAUCUACAACCAGCAUCUACUUGGAAGUGUCCCAAACCCACAAAUCGAUUUGAAGUUCAUCGGAGUAGUCGUGUUUUUAAUGGGAAUGGUUGGAAACUUUUACCACCAUUACAUACUCUCAAAGCUGAGGGAAAAAAGUGAUACAGGGUAUAAAAUCCCAAAUGGUGGUCUUUUCGGACGUGUAAUUUGCCCCCACUAUCUGUUUGAAAUUCUAGUAUUUGUUGGAAUUUCAGUGAUUUCUCAAUCAUUGUAUCCAAUCUUGUACACUAUUGGUACUGGUUUUUACCUGACUGGAAGGAGUUAUGCAACUAGAAAAUGGUACAAUUCUAAGUUCCCCAGCUUUCCCAAAAAUGUCAAGUGUCUGGUGCCUUUUGUUUUCUAAAUAAGAAUGGUGCUUGUAGAUGAUAUGUAGUGUUUAUGUAUUCCCUUGUUAAACACUAUCCGGCAUACUCAUGUUUUAUCGUCAAGAAUGUAACUUAUAUAAGGAUGGCGUGCUGCAAGUGUGCUUUGCUAGCGAUGCAUAUGCUGCAUUGUCAAGUCCUGAUAAUUUUUAAACUCUAAUCGACAUGGAGUCCUCUGUUCCAUAGUAUGCCAACUAUCAUCGUUAUACUAUUUGUAAGAAAGUGUGUCGGAACUAAAAUUCUGGUAAACAUUAACUGAAA